CUUAGAUGCAAAAAAAAUCAAUCUAUAGUCUAUGCUAUCCAUCCAUGGCGGAUCUUUAUACCUAUACUGUUAAGUUUCUUUUCUGCUGAAAUUAUGAAAAACUUUCAAUGAUUCGUUUUGGAUUUCUGUUGUGGAUGUGAAGUGUGGCGGUGCGGUCUCAGUGAUAGGGCUCGUUGGUCUCCGCCACCAUGUUCAGUGGAACGGUGCGCGUUAAGGUGUGUGAGGCUACUGGCCUUAGACCGACGGAUUUUCAGAAAAGGCACAACAUGACCUUCGGGAAGCCUGACGAUCAGCCGAUAGAUCCCUAUGUGUCUAUCGAUGCAGACGAACAUCAUUUAGACCGCUCCACUACAAAACCCAAAACAUUUGACCCUGUUUGGAAUGAAACAUUUUCACAUGAAGUUCAAAAUGCCACAAAUCUAUGCAUCACAGUAUUUCAUGAUGCUGCAAUACCCCCUGAUGACUUUGUUGCUAAUUGCACAAUUCCCUUUGAAGAUCUUAUGCACAGAGAAAAAGACGCAACAGACUUUUGGGUGGAUCUUGAGCCACAGGGAAAAAUUCAUCUCAAAAUAGAUCUUAAGUGGAAUUCUCAAGCGGCGGGUGCGGCGGCAUCGAGCGGGCCUCGGCGCGAGUUCAAAGAGGGCGCAGGCUUCGCUCGGCGCCGAGGGGCCUUGCGGCGCAGGGUUCAUCAGGUCAACGGACACAAGUUUAUGGCUACCUUCCUUCGUCAGCCCACGUUCUGCUCGCAUUGCCGAGAGUUCAUCUGGGGUCUCGGAAAACAGGGCUACCAGUGUCAAGUGUGCACGUGCGUCGUGCACAAGCGGUGUCACUCGUCCAUCGUCACGAAGUGCCCCGGCAUGCGAGAAGACCAGAGCGUGUCGGGCGGGCAGCGGUUCAGCGUGAAUGUGCCUCACCGCUUCGUGGUGCACUCGUACAAGAGGUUCACUUUCUGCGACCAUUGCGGCUCUCUGCUGUACGGGCUCAUCAAGCAGGGUCUGCAGUGCGAAGUGUGCUCCAUCAACGUGCACAAACGCUGUCAGAAGAACGUGGCGAACAACUGCGGCAUCAACACCAAAGCUAUGGCCGCCAUCCUCAGCGAGAUGGGCAUCACCCCGGACAAGAACCCUCGUCCCAGGGCCUCCAAGUACUUGAACACGCCCAUGUUGGAAGGCGCACCCGAUUUCAUUCCCGAGGACGGCAAGGAAGACAGACAGGACGAGAAAGCUGCGGAGGAGGGCGUGGCGCUGUGGGGCUCGCAGUGGAUGGAGCUCAGAGACAUUUUCACCAACUUUGAAGGUUUCCCCGUGCAGCGGACGCGGCGGUCCCCGUGGGACGAGCUGGAAGAUAUUUUCGGGUUCAAAGAAGGCGGGUCGGGCGGGGCGGAGUGCGAGGGCGGAAAAGUGUCCCUGGACGACUUCCACUUCAUCAAGGUGCUGGGCAAGGGCUCCUUCGGGAAGGUCAUGCUGGCCGAGAAGAAGGGCACCGACGAGGUGUACGCGGUGAAGGUCCUGAAGAAGGACGUGAUAAUCCAGGACGACGACGUGGAGUGCACCCUGACGGAGCGCCGCGUGUUGGCCUUGGCCGCCCGCCACCCCUUCCUCACGGCGCUGUUCUGCGCCUUCCAGACGCCCGAGAGGCUGUUCUUCGUCAUGGAGUACGUGGACGGAGGGGAUCUCAUGUUCCAGAUACAGCGGUCUCGGAAGUUCGACGAGCCCCGGGCCAGGUUCUACGCGGCGGAGGUGACGCUGGCCCUGCAGUUCCUCCACUCGCACGGGGUCAUCUACCGAGAUCUCAAACUCGACAACAUUUUACUCGACAGCGAUGGCCACUGCAAGCUCGCCGACUUCGGCAUGUGCAAGGAGGGCAUCAUAGACGGCGUCACCACCACCACGUUCUGCGGGACGCCCGACUACAUCGCGCCCGAGAUCCUGCAAGAGCUGGAGUACGGCCCGUCGGUGGACUGGUGGGCGCUGGGCGUGCUCGUGUACGAAAUGUUGGCGGGGCAGCCGCCCUUCGAGGCCGACAACGAGGACGACCUGUUCGAGAGCAUCCUGCACGACGACGUGCUGUACCCCGUGUGGCUGUCCAAGGACGCCGUGUCGCUCCUCAAGGGCUUCAUGACGAAGAACCCGGCGCGGCGGCUGGGCGUGGCCGGCGGCUCGUCGGGCAUCCUGGCGCACGCCUUCUUCCGGGACGUGGACUGGGACGCCCUGGCCGCCCGGCGUCUGCGCCCGCCCUUCCGCCCCAAGACGCGCGGUCGCCGCGACGCUGCCAACUUCGACGCCGAGUUCACCAAGGAGGAGCCGGCGCUCACGCCCGUGCCGCAUGACGUCUUGCGGGCCAUAAACCAGGAGGAGUUCCAGGGAUUUUCGUUCGUGAACGCAGACUUCAACCCGCAGCGCGACGAGCGUCCGCCCCAGUGAGAGUCGGCCGCGUUCCGCCCGCGGCCCGCCCGGCCCCGCCCGGCCCGCUCGCGGAUAGGCCGACGACCGACCCGAGGACGGAACCGACGCGCCGCGCGGGCGGCCGAGGGCGUUCCGCGAGCGUCUCGCGCGGUCCCCUUUCUAGUCACGGCUCGUGGAGUCGAGUCGCCGUUUGUUUUGUCUUAGCUUAGGUCGAGGUAGCGCCGUCCUCGGUCGAGCGCUUCAAAUAAAAAAAAAAAAAUAUUGUGCUCUUAGUCCGUUCAAAAGUAUAUUUUCCUCGAGGAUGAAAUGUGAAGAGUCAGAGCAAUUAUCGAUUGUUGUAAAUAUUGAAGUAAAUCCACGCGACGCCCGAACGCGCCUCGGAGUCUCGUCCGGCGAAGGAGAGGCCGCGGAGCGUCGUUCCAAAUCGUCGGCCAGUCUAGUCGGGGCGAAAUGCGAUCGGAUAACCCCAUUCGUGUGCGUCUGUGAUCCGAAUCCGGUUCUCCGAGCGUCGGAUCUCGCAUAAUACUCAGUGUCCCAUCCGCCUUUUCGCGUUAAGUCGUUCGAGAUGAUGUUUUCCAUGAGAAUGUGUUCGAUCACUCCGAGUGCGUUCGGAGCGCCGUUAUUUGUUUUUAUUACGUUUUAUCACAAACCGUCGAGCCGUUCGCGGCCCGGGAAGUAUUAUUUAUUAUAGUUAGUCGAUACCAAAGGUUUAGUCUUAAGGAGCGAGCGAAGUCGGCACGGAUGUGUGGCUUCUCGUAGUGUUAGCGUUGGAGGUCGAAACGUCUCCGAGCCUCGCUUUCGGACUCGCGGGACUACUUUCGCAGCUCGUAGUUUCGGCCGCAGCCGCCCCUACUUUGUAAGAAAUGGCCUAUGGGUUCGAUGUGUGUCUCGUGUUAGGGCUUAUUUUAGUCACUUCUCGUUUUGGAAAUUGGACAUCGAGUCUCUCGAAGCUCUCUGAUCUGAUCCGAUCGAGUCUCAGUCCUCGUCGACGUCGCCGUCGUCGGUCGGCGAUCGCUCUGUCGAAGCGUCGAAAUGCGAAUAUGAUUAUGUUAAUUUAUGAUAAGAUAUGAAACACGUCGUCCGCGCGUCUCACGUUCCGACCGAAGAGCAAAGUUUUAGAUUCGUUUUUUUGGAAUCUUUACAUUUUUGUCGAUUUAUUUACGAUUUUUUAAUUUUAAGUAUUACGAUAGCUGUGUAAGUAGAAGAAUUUUAUUCGCGGUUUUCCGCAAAGGCUCGGGCGUCUCUUCUUUUGACUCUUCUUUAUUCACGUCGACUUCGCAAUUAAUCGAUCACGUUACGGGUAAUCGCCCGAGACCUUCUUCCUUUUUACAAUUUUAUACUUUAAGUCGUGUUUGUGGCUCUUUUGUGUCGAAUUCGGUUCAUCGCUUAGCGACGGAGCGGAGGAGGAGUCUUUUUUUUAUUUCGUGAAAUAGAGGUUUUGUGCCAAAUCACACGAAGCUACUUAUUUAUAGUAUAUAUACAUAUAUUACUUCGACGCGUUUUCUUUUGUUUUGCAAUUUAUAAGAGACCAGAGAUUUUAUAAGAUGACGAGAGUUUAUAUUUAAAGUUACCUAAUUAAUAUUAAUAUGAUAUUUAUAUGCAUUUUUAUUACUUUUGUUGAUUGGUUUGAUGACGAUUAGAUGUUUAUUAUUCUUGUUGUUGAUAUAUAUUAUGAUAUAUGAUAAUGACGCUUACUUAAUCGUGUUACGCGCCGAGUACGUUGUGUUUUGAUUGUAUAGUCUGUAGUGAAAUGGCAUCGACCUGAUCCAGUGAACUUUGAGUCUCCGUUCUGGCGUUUCGCUCGGACGUAGUCCUUCCGGCGUCGGCAGAUCGGAGAAUCGUGUCUGAGGUGACAAUAUCUCAUCUCCUGUCGAUACUCCCACCGUCACGAACCUUGGGAAAGAAAAGAAUCUUAGGCAAUAGCCGCCCUAAAGAGAUUAAAACGCCAAAGAUGAAGGUACGAGCGUCCCCGAAGCCGAGGACCAGAGUAGUCUUGCCAUAAAUAUAGUUAUCGUGUUUGUCGCUUCCCGCGAGGUGUUGACGGAAGUCGACGAAGGAUAUCUCACUUUUUGUCGGGGACGGUUUUUCAAAAGUGAUGAAUUCAGUUUUCAUUUGCUGUCGGGAGACACGCGAUCGGCUCUCCGUGAAGAUCGCCGCCCACGGACACCCGUGACGCCGGGGGUCUUUCGGGUGUGUGGCCGGCCCUUUUUCGUAGUACCGAAAUCUAAUUGUCCCACUAGAUUCCUGUUCUUUUCGCCUGCUCGCCAUCGGAAACAUCGGUGUUUCGCGAGAUUUAACUGAAAUCGUUUGAAAAACCGCCCCUUACUUAGUUGUAGCUAACACGGUACAUAAUAUUGUAAUGUAAUUGUUGUUUGUUCACGGAUCACUAUUAGAACACAUUUAGCGGAUAAAUUAAUGCAUAUAAUAUAGUUUUAUGAAAUAAAUAUGUAUAUGUAAUCCUACAUGUCUAUUAAAUCAAUGAAAAUAGAUAACA